CAUUUAUUCUUUAGUCUUCUGAUGACUUUCAGUGCUAAUAAUUGAGUGGGCUUUGUUUACCAGCUGUUUCUCUCUCAGGAUGGCUUUUAUGGCACUGAAUGUGCUGUGACGUCCUGAAAUAGGACAUGUUAGUAUAAACUAGCCAUUCUGGUUAUUCUAGUCUCUCGUCAGCAUCAUCAAAUGACUCAUUAAAGGGCGUUUUAGCAGCAAAACACUCCAAGUUGUUCACUGACAGACAUGCGAUGGUGUUUAUGUAUGCGUUAGCUCUAGGCUAGCUGAUCAGAUAGAGCAGCAGAAGCCGCGACUGGAGGACAUUUUAGAUUCAGAACACAAAUAUUUAAUUAAAGAUCAUUUCACACAUCACAGUGCCUGAUUAGAGACGAGACAAGAAGAUGGGAGCAUCCGAGUCUCUUCAAGAGAAAAGGAUUGUUCUUCUUGGGAAAACUGGAGAUGGCAAGAGCAGCGCGGGGAACACGAUUCUCAAACAAGAGGUAUUCAAGAGCAAAGCUUCACCUGAAUCUGUGACAGUCGAAUGUGUCAGCGGAGAUCGAAAGAUUGAUGGAAAGAAGAUCACAGUCAUCGACACGCCUGGACUCUUUGACACUGCCGUCGAUGAGGAGACCAUUAAAUCUGAGAUCAUUAGAUCAGUGAUCGAAAGCUCUCCAGGUCCAGACGUGUUCACCAUCGUCCUGAAGGUUGGCAGAUACACGGGACAUGAGAUGGAGAUAGUGGAUAAAAUUGUGGAAUAUUGUGGAGAAGAUACCUUUAAUCACUCUGUGGUUUUGUUCACUCAUGGAGAGCAGCUAGAAGGUCAAACCAUCGAGGAGUUUGUGAAGAUGAGUCCAAAACUUCAGGAGCUGGUUAAUAAAUGUGGCGGUCGCUGUCACGUCAUCGACAGCAAGUACUGGAAGAAACGACAAAUGGGAUACAGAAGCAACAGAGUUCAGGUGAAGAAACUCCUGGAGACCAUCGAGGAGAAGCUGAAGGACAACAAGAACAGCUGCUACACCAAUGAGCUGCUCCAGAUGGUGGAGGAGGAAAUUCAAGAGGAGGUCAAGAACAUGGAUGAAGUCAGUUUGUCUCCUGAGGAAAAACGGGAGAUUGCGAAAAAGAUUGUGCAUAAGAAACUUCUCAUUCGACUUGCUGGAGUCGCUACAGGCACUCUGACUGGAGCCUUUCUGGGCAUCGGAGUUGCUGUGGCAUCUGUCGUUACUUUACUGAAAGCUGUAGGAACAAUAGCAGGAGCCGCAGCAGCCGGAGCUUCAGGACUAGCAGGUGGAGCCUCAGGAUUAGCAGCCGGAGCCUCGGGACUAGUGACUGGAGCUUCAGGACUCGCGGCUGGAGCUUCGGGAUUAGCAGCGGGAACUGUGGCAGUGGAGGCAGGGCUGGUCACCGGUGCCAGUGCAGGCAUUGGAGCAGGUCUUGGAGCGGCUGCUGGUUCAGGAAUCACGGCAGGGAUUGUUGUUGGAGCCGCAGCUCUUGCUGGAGCAAUUGGUGGAGGAAUUACUGGAUGCAAAGCAGCGGAUGAAUCAGAUUCUGUGUGUGACGCCAUUAAAAAUGCAGCAAAAAUAAAUUAUGAGAAUGCCAAAGGUGUGGUGAAGAAAGCCCAAAAACAUCAACACAAACUUUUGAAAAUCAAAAAGAAUGAUAAAUUAGAAUGAUAACUUUUAUUAAGCUAUUACCACAGUUUCACAAACAAACAUGCUUUAAAUAAAAUGAAGAACAAACUGAAAUUAUGUUAAAAACAGACAAACCUAAGUUUGCUUUGGCAGUUCAAAACUGCCCACCAAAGCGACCUUUUGGGGAGUUAGUUUUGGCUCCUAAACACAUUUGAGCAUUGGUUUGUUACAAUUAUACAGUCAUUGGGUGUGUUCUGGAACAAAAACGAACACAACAAAUAAACAACAUGAAUGCACUAGAGAGUUGAGAAGCAGAGCUGGUACAGAUGUAUCUGCAAUUGUGCAAUCGCUUGCUUCAAAGGCGUAGAUUUAGGGUGGACGGAGGGGAUGUGUCUCCAUCAAUAUCCUCUGACCAUUGAAAUGUUCACACCAAUAAUUCAAUCCACUUAAAAAAAAUUAAAUAUUUAAAUUGCGCUGUCAGCAUUAACUUAGAGACGCAAAAAGAGUUAAAUUACGUUCUCUCCUUAAGCCCUUCUGCCCCUAAAACACAUUUGGACUUGACUUUUUGUUUUUAAAAGUAUCGAUAUUUUAGCUAUAUUUUAAUAAUUUCUGCAUAACUAAAUGUUUUAGAGCUGUGUACAGUUAUUAAGUUAUUAAGUGAGAAUUGAGAGUUAUAGUCAGAAUUCCGAGUUAUAAAGUCUCAAUUAUGAGUUAUUAAGUUAGAAUUGCGAGAUAUGAAGUCAGAAUUCCAAGUUAUAAAGUUAGAAUUUUGAGGUAUUAAGUUGGAAUUGCGAGUUAUAAAGUCAGAAUUCCGAAUUAUUAAGUCAGAAUUCUGAGUUAUAAAGUUAGAAUUCAAAGUUACUAAGUUAGAAUUGCGAGUUAUGAAGUCAGAAUUCCAAGUUAUAAAGUUAGAAUUUAGAGGUAUCAAGUUAGAAUUGUGUGUUAUAAAGGCAGAAUUCCAAAUUAUUAAGUCAGAAUUCUGAGUUAUAAAGUUAGAAUUCAGAGUUAUUAAGUUUCAAUUGUAAGUUGUAAAGUCAGAAUCCCGAGUUAUUAAGUUAUAAUUCUGAGUUAUUUAGUCAGAAUUCCGAGUUAAGUUAGAAUAGUGAGUUAUAAAUUCAGAAUUCCAUGUUAUAAAUGUAGAACUCCGAGUUAUUAGGUCAGAAUUCUGAGUUUAUAGGUUAGAAUUGUGAGUUAUAGUCAGAAUUCCGAGUUAUUAGGUAAGAAUUGUGAGUUGUAGUCAGAAUUCCGAGUAAUUAAGUCAGAAUUCCGAGUUAUAAAGUUAGAAUUCCGAGUUAUAGGGUCAGAAUUCCGAUUUAUAAAGUUAGAAUUCAGAAUUUUUAAGUUAGAAUUGUGAGUUGUAAAGUCAGAAUUCCGAGUUUUAAAGUCAGAAUUCCAUGUUAUUAAGUUAGAACUCCGAGUUAUUAGGUCAGAAUUCUGAGUUAUUAGGUUAGAAUUGUGAGUUAUAAGCCCCUUUCAC